UAUCGUUGGGAUAGUAUGGCAGCUGAAACCCUAAACUCUCCGCCCAUGGCAACCGAAGCCCUAAACACUCCAGCCACAGAAACGGCAACUACUCCGGCGAAUGGCUCAUCUAACUUAUCGGAACCACCAUCCAAUGACGAACACGGGGAGAAGCGUAAAAGACCCGAACUCAAGCCGGAUGAGAAGUCCGAUUCAGUUAAUCCACUAUGGAAAACGACUCUCUGUUCUUACUUCCGCCGAACUGGCGCCGCGUGUAGCCACGGCGAUACAUGCAAAUACGCUCAUGGUGAGUUGGAGCUCCGACUCCGACCCGACAAUACUUGGGACCCGACUUCUGAGAAAGGCAAGAAGCAAAAGUUAGAUAAAGAUGGUGAUGAUGUUGUUAUGAAGAAGUCAUCAGUAGCAGAGAAUGAUGAAUGCUCUGAAUCUGGACUUGAUAAGUGUUUGGUUAAUCUUCCUUUGAAAUGGUGCUCUGAUAGUUUAAAACAUUUCCUCGACGAAGAGGGGGUUGAAUAUAAGUCAGCUAAGACAAGGAAAGGAAUGAUUGUAGGGUUUGUGACUUUCGAAACAGUCGAGCAAGUGAAAACCGCGAUUGAGAAGUUGCAGGGGAAGCCUGUAAAGAAUAAGAUAUUAAAGAUAGUGGAUGCGAAUCCGAGAUCUUUUGACAAGAAUAAGAAGCCGGCGGCAAGUUCAGACAAUGCAGGAUCAGCUGACAAGGUUGAUGGUUCAACCCCUGGAAGUGGUAGAAGUGCUCGGGAUGCUGUGACUCCGCUUGCUCAUAUGUCUUAUGAAGAUCAGCUGGAGCAGAAGAAGAAGUCCAUCAUGCAGAUUUUGAAAAAACUUACUCGGAAUGCACGCAAAGCUUGUCCUGAUGGUGUCUCACAACCAGAAUGGAUAAUUCAAUCCAGGGAAAUAGGCGGUCUUGCUUGCAAACUAGAGGGUAUAAUUGAAUCACCACUUGUAAAUGGAUACCGAAACAAAUGUGAAUUUUCUAUUGGAUAUUCUCUACAAGGAAAACCUACAGUGGGCUUUUUACUCGGAAACUUCAGGGAGGGUGUAACAGCAGUUGAAGAACCUUCAGAUUGCCCAAAUGUUUCUAAAGUUGGUUGCAAGUAUGCUGACAUCUUCCAAAAUUUCCUGCUAAGUUCAACCUUUCCUAUAUGGAAUAGGAUGAACAAUUCUGGGUUUUGGCGCCAACUAACAGUUCGAGAAGGAAGGGCCCCGAGCAAUAGUUCCAAUGCCGAGUCCAUUGAAUCCAACAUUUCAGAGGUCUUGCUUAUGGUUCAGAUUUCGUCAGCAGGCUUCGAAAGUGAAGCUGUCAAUGUUGAACUUGAAAAGAUGGCCGAAGCUUUUGUGGAAGGAGCUUCUACAAAUUCACCAUUUUUGCCUCUUACAGUACUUGUCGUUCAGGAUCACCAAGGAGUAUCAAAUGUAGCACCAGCUGAUGCUCCAUUGCGCUCUCUUCCCCUUACCAAAUCCGAUAGUAGAGCUGGGAAGGAUUCUGAAGUUGUUGCAGAAGCAAGGAUUCAAGAUUAUAUAAAUAAUCUCCGGUUUUGUAUAUCCCCAACAGCUUUUUUUCAAGUGAACACCCUUGCAGCAGAAAAAUUGUACUCGCUUGCUGGGGAUUGGGCUGGUCUGGGACCUAAUACUCUGCUAUUUGAUGUUUGUUGUGGGACUGGAACAAUUGGCCUUACUUUAGCGCACCGUGUUGGAAUGGUUGUUGGAAUUGAAAUGAAUGCUUCUGCAGUAGCUGAUGCGAAAAGAAAUGCGGAAAUAAAUGGCAUAAAGAACUGCAGGUUUGUCUGCUCAAAGGCAGAGGAUGUGAUGGGAUCUUUACUAAAAGAGUACUUGAUAAAAGAACCAGAUGAAAGCUAUGAUGCGAAUAUUGGUAAUAAAGAAGAAACUAGUGCUUCUGAAGAUCUUAAAGAUGCGCCUGAGGGUAUUGACAAAGAAAUAAAAAAUCUUAAAAAGAAAGAAGAGAGUAAGUGUGUAACUGACAGCAGUAGUAGCGAGUUGCAUCAAUUUGAGAAUGUGGUAGCCAUUGUGGAUCCUCCUCGUGUUGGACUUCAUCCCACUGUGAUUAAAGCUCUCAGAACUCAUUCGGGUUUAAAGAGGCUUGUCUAUAUAUCAUGUAAUCCUGAGAGUUUAAUGGCAAAUGCUAUUGAGCUUUGUGCUCCAUCUUCUGAUAAUAAUGAGAAAGGAAACAAAAAGGGCAGAGGAUGGAGAAAUAUGAGCAACGCGAGUUUGGCCCUCAAUAGGGCCAAAUCUAUGCCAAAUUCAGUGCCAUUUCAACCGAUUAAAGCUAUGGCAGUUGAUCUUUUUCCUCACACUUCACAUUGUGAACUUGUAAUGCUUCUUGAGAGGUAGCAGCAUUUUGCUUGCCCUGAUACAACUUUUGGUAGAUCUUGGCAAUGCACCAGCUGCUAAUAUGUCCACACAGUUUUGUAUUUGUGGUGAGAUAUCUCACGGUUUUGGAAUGAGUAUUUAUGAAUAUGAUAGUUA